UAAGACCAUGAAGAAAUCCUUCUUUGAUUCAAGCCUUCAUACCUUGAUAGUGGUAUCAGAGCAUACCUUCUCUCACGAGAUCUCUAAUCCUAUGGCUACUCGUGACGAAACUCCCAACUUAGUAGCAUCCAAACACUCGGCUGCAACCAUGCUUGAACCCAACAUCACCCGGAAUCCAAUUUCCUUUAACUCUGCAGCUUUUCUCGUCAAACUCACACCCAACAACUAUCUCUCUUGGAAAGCUCAGUUCGUGUUGCUUCUUGGAGGCUAUGAACUUGAUGGUUUCCUUGACGGAUCUCAUCCUUGUCCUGUAGCAACUGAGCCCACCUGCAGUCUGUGGGCAUGCCAGGAUCAACUCCUCCGUCAUGCCUUAAUUACCUCUGUUUCAGAGAACAUCACUCUUUACAUAGCUGCCACUGCCACUGCACAGCAAGCCUGGGAAACCUUAGCCAAACUUUAUGCCAAUCGCUCUCGCACACGGGUCAUAACCCUCAAGGAACAGCUCCAAACCAUGAAACGUGAUGGUCGUCCAGUCUCUGAGUAUCUUCGCUCUCUGAAAACUGUGGCAGACGAGCUUGGCACCGUGGAUCAUCCACUUUCUGAUGAUGAUCUCAUUGUUUAUAUACUUAAUGGACUAGGAUCGGAGUUUCGGGAAAUUGCUGCAUCCCUCCGGACUCUCCCUUUCCUACCUCUGGUCGACAAUCUCAAUGGCAUUCCCAACAACAUCACGGACGGGGAAGUUCUAAUCAAUCCAAUAGGCCAAAUCAGCAUCGACGUCGUGGACAAGGCCCAAGGUAUCCAACUCGUCCCACUGGAUCCACUUGCUAAUUAUGCGGACAUGCUGGACAUUUGGCUUGAAAUUGCCCCAGUUUUUGGGUCUAGUCCGUUGGCCCAAUGGCUAACUUUGCGUCCUCUUCAAAUGGACUCUUGCACGAGGAAGAUACUGCUUCAAGGACCAAACAUUCAUGGGAUCUAUCAAAUUCAAGGAAAAAUUAGUCCUCAACCACAUGCCUUCAUAGGAGAACGCACUACCAUGGCGAAUUGGCAUUCUCGUUUAGAGCACACCUUUCUUGCGCCAUUUAAACACUCGUGUUCUCCACCACCUGAUUUCGCGUUGGAUAGCCUAGACGAUCUGCCAUCGCCACUUGUUGUCUCCCUUGUGGCUCCUCAUGAAUCUUUGGUUCACAAAGUUGUACCUCCUGCAAUAGUCCGCAUCGCCCAACCUCCCGUUACCUCACCAACCUGCCCAGCCUCUACUCCUCACCCGAAUCUCAACAGCCACAUUGGGUGUUUCGUAUUAAAUGAGCCAAAGAUGGUAGCAUUGAACGCUACAAAGCACGCCUUAUUGCCAAAGGCUUUCAUCAACGUCCAGAAUUGGCCUAUUCGUCAAUUGGAUGUCAACAAUGCCUUUUUGCAUGGGCAUCUUGAGGAAAAAUUGUUCAUGGCACAACCAGUUGGCGUUGUUGAUCCUGCUCUUCCUCAUCAUGUGUGUCGGUUGCGGAAAUCUAUUUAUGGGUUAAAGCAGGCUCCACGGGCGUGGUUUCAGGAACUCAAUGAUCCCUCUGCUGUGUCUUCUCUGAUAAACUGCAUGAGUACUAGAUUCUCCAUUAAAGAUUUGGGUACUCUUAGCUAUUUUCUUGGCAUUGAAGCAGUUCCCACCAGUGCAGGACUCUUCCUCUCUCAACACAAGUAUGUUAAUGAUCUCCUCCAUCAUUUUCGGAUGCAUGAGGCUGAGCCGGUUGCCACGCCACUUGCUACUAAUAUUGGUCUGCAGCUUCUCUUUGGCACUGCUUUUUCAGAUGGUUCCGAUUACCAGCGUCUUAUUGAUGGGGACUGGGCUAAAGAUCAGGAUACAAUGGUUAGCACCACUGGGUAUAUAGUCUUUCUUGGUCAGAAUCCGAUCUCCUGGCGAGCUGCAAAGCAAAAAGCUGUUGCUCGAAGCUCCACUAAGGCUGAAUAUUGUGCUCUCGUUGCUACAGCCUCUGAAGUUGUCUGGAUUCGACAUUUGCUUGGUGAACUUGGGAUCUUUUGCUCCCCUUCUUCCGCCAUCUUUUGUGACAACAUUGGCGUCACCUAUCUUAGUUUAAAUCCUGUUAUGCACUCGCGCAUGAAGCAUAUAGCUAUAGACUUGCAUUUUGUUCGGGAUUUAGUUGAUCAACGUGUUCUUCAUGUCUCCCACAUUGCAUCCCAAGAUCAGCUUGCUGAUGGGCUCACAAAGCCCCUCUCUUCCAUCUGGUUUUCUCACUUACGGUCCAAGAUUGGAGUUGCAAAUGGCACCACCGUCUUGCGGGGGUGUAUUAAGGAAAGUAAAUCCCCUCCAUGAAGUCUUGGAUUGUCUUCAUGAAAUCCCAGAUUUAGAAGAUCUUGGAACUGCAAUUGUAAAAGAUUUGGAACUGUAAUUGUAAAUAGUGUUUCCUAGUUGGAUUAGAUUCUGUAAUGUAUAAAUUGUACUGCUCCAUUCAGUAAUAAGACCAUGAAGAAAUCCUUCUUUGAUUCAAGCCUUCAUACCUUGAUAGAAAGAACUCGAUUCUUUUUAAAUAAGGUAUCAAGUUUGAGUUUUGUAAAUAAAGAAGCAGAUGUUGA